AUGGUGCAGAAUUGGUUUGUUACAAGCAAUUCACAAAUAACUAAUGGGAAGAAUGGUGUUGUUGGCAAAAGAGUGUUAUCUUCUAGCACAAACACUUCACCUGUCACUGUCAGCAAUGGCCUUACCUUGGCAUCGCAUGAGGUUACGGUUGGAAACAACGGUAUGGAUCAUGUAAUGACGCAUUCGCAGCGUAACGAUUCAAGAAGUACAUCUGUUGCUCCGCGCGCAAUGAGCCUAACUAUGGCCGAGACAUUGGUUCACGGUUCACCGUGUUCUCACGCACCUAAUCAAUUAUCUGUUCGGACUCAGAAGGUUGAUGAGCAGGCUCUUAAGAAAUCGCGGUUAUUAGUCCCUAUGAUGCCGUAUAUGCCAAGAUCCAUGGGUGCUAGCUCUUUGGUGAAGUUGAAGGUCAAGACCAACCCACAACGGUAUCCCAUUCCACAUUCUAAUGCUUUGCGAGAGUUGAAUGGUGUAUCUUUAGCUGCAAAGCCUAACUUGAGAUUCAAUGGAAGUAGGACGCUAACCGCAACAUCCAACGCUACUUCCGCUUCUUCCGGGAGUACAAGUAAUUCAACUCCUUCUGCGUGGAAAACAUUGGAGAAGAGGCCUACUUUUCAAACCCAGAGUAGAAGUGAUUUCCUUAGGAAUCUCUCAAGGAAGAGUUCCUCAAACGACGCGUCUCGUGUCUUGGAGAAAUCCAAAGCAAGCACCGAGAAUGACAUUAGCUGCACCGCUUCAAGUUCUAGAGAUUCAAUUAAUAAAGAGCAACAAUGUAGAACCAAGUUUAUUUUGAGUUCAGAAGAAGAAGAAAUCGCAUUCUUGCGUUCACUUGGGUGGGAGGAAGACAAUCAAGACGACGAAUGUCUUACAGAAGAGGAGAUACAAGAAUUUUAUGAUAAGUAUGGGAAAUUGCAACUAUUUGAAAGAGAUGGAGCAGAAUCGGACAAUCAUGUAUAUGUGUGUUAA